AUGACAAAUCAUAAGGAACAGAUCAACUACCAGAAAUUCAACAAAUUCGAUAUUAUUCCACACGAUCAUACUUCUAUAUAUGAUCAUCGCUUAGCACGAAAUAAUCAAACACCGUUUAGCCCCGAAACAACUCUUUCAAUAAGGAAAGAGUGGAAGAGACUGGAAAAAAUCCUGCCCGAUUCGAUCUAUGUCAGAGCAUAUGAAGGAAGAAUCGAUCUACUUAAAGCUGUAGUCGUUGGACAACCAGGUACACCGUAUUACCAAGGUUUAUUCUUUUAUGAUAUUCAACUCACUUUGGGUUACCCAAAUUCACCUCCAAAUGUUGUUUCUCUUCUCACCAAAAUUAAACUGCCAAAACCUAAUGAUAAUAUGAUUUUCCAUAGACCUGAACGUAGUAACAGUAAGGAUUUUAGUAUACUGAAAAUACUACUAACGAUUCAUGAACAUGUAGUUAGUACCGAUUCUUACUUCAACUACAAACUCGCAAACCCCAGUCAUCAUAAUCCAUCAAAAUAUUAUUUGAUUACCCGCUGGGGUAUGUGGCAGGAGAAGAAAUUUUUAAGUUACGAUCAAGAAAUGUUUCUUCUAAAUUGUAAAACCAUGUUGGGUGUUCUUAAGCCAUAUAAACAUUUUGAAGAAUUUGUUGGUCAGCAUUUUCGUGACCAUGCAAAAAGUAUAUUGAUUGCUGCUCAGGGUUAUAUCGAUGACGAAGGUCGAUCGAGGGUUUCUAAGUAUGUCCACGAUAGUGAGGAUCAUUGCAUACAAAUCGUUAAGCCUACUGUCAAAGAUGAACAGGAAGAAUAUCGAAAAUCCAUGAGCACUACAUAUGUGGAGCUUAUAAAGGCAUCUAUAAAGAAUGGGUCUCCUGAUUUUUUAGAGUGUUACUACAAUUUGCAAUUGAAUGAUGGUAUCCAAGAAGAUGGUGAUGCAAAAAAGAAUACAUGGGAUCCGGUUUUAAUUGUGAGGGGGACAUUUUAUUCUUGCUUAUAUAUGUUUAUAUUGUAUUCUUGGAUUUUUGGAGCAAAUGGUUUGUAA